AUGCCCACCUACAAGUGGUACAAGGGAACUCAAGAGCUGACCGAUACCUUGAAGUAUAACUUCGACAAGGGCACGUUGAAGAUCAUGGGCCUCGUGAAGGAAGACGAAGGAGAAUAUACGUGCCACGCGACCAACCCAGCUGCCGACCUGGUCGUCGGAUCAACGGACCUUGUCGUGAUGAUCACACCAAAUCUGAUCGAGAUGGAUUCUGACGUGACGAUAAUCGAGCGAUCGGAGGGCAGGCUGAUGUGCGUCGUUAGCGGUGACCCACUCCCCGACAUCACCUGGGAGAAGGCGGAGGGAGAGAAGUGGGGAGAUGGCUUCACAGACCUUGCAGCUGGCAUCAAGGUGACUUAUGAAGAGGGUCCGACAAAAUACAGUCGUGCGUUGAUCCUCACGUUGAACCCGGCCCAGAUCGAGCACGCAGGCACCUACACGUGCGCCGCCUCCAACCUCGCUGGCUCCCUGCACAGUCCUGCCAACGUCAGCAUCAGCUACGAGGCCAUAUUCAAGGACAUGCCGGACAUGGUCUACUCGUGGGUGAACAACUCUGUGAACAUAAGCUGCGACGUGGACGCAAACCCGCCGGCGACCUUGGAGUGGCUCAAGGGCGGUCAGCCGGUGCUCAACAACCCGCUUGACGUGACGGUUACCGGGGAAGGUCACCACAGCGAAAUCACGGUGAAGACCACCAACAGUGAGGACUUUGCAGCUUACGAGUGUCGGGCCAUGAACCCUGUUGGCACCAAGAGCAGGAUGGUAGCCAUCAACGAAGCUUUUGCUCCUCCAGUAGAACCCACGGUCUUCUGGCCCAUUGUCACGCCCACGACUGUCUCAUUCGAAAUCACUCCACCCACCGACACUGGUGGCCUGCCCCCUAGUGGCUACGAAGUAAAAUACCACAAGAUCGAAGAUGCUUAUCUAAAUGAGAAAAAGACUCACCAGUUCCCUGCAGCUGAAGGCGUGGGGCCGUAUAUCCUCGACGGUCUGGAGCCGAGCACAGCUUAUGAGAUGUCGAUGAGCGUGGUGAACCUCGUGGGAGCGGGCGUGCCGUACGAGGGAAUAAAGCUGGAGACUCACGUAGUGAGAGAGCCAGACAGUCCGCGCUUUGCCGAGAAAAAGCAGGACAGCGAGCACGCGAACAAGUACACGCUAACGUGGUCACCACCGAUUAGCAAUGGUGGCAAGGACAUUGAAUACUAUGAGAUAUUCUAUCAUGCGAUCAAGUACGCUGAUAACAAGACAGAUCAGUACGUGAAGGAAGGAGGAGAGGGCCGCAGCACCGUAGACCCGCCGCAGACCAGCUUCGACCUGCGCGGCCUGAAGGCAGACACGGAGUACUAUGUGAAGAUAUUCGCAAAGAAUGAGAUCGGGAAGAGCCAGCCCGCCGAACACUUCUUCCGUACACAGCCAGGUCAGGACAUCGAUCCGUACGUAACGCCUAAGGAGGUGAAGUCGGGCGGUCUGUCUACCGGCGCCAUCGUCGGCAUCAUCAUCGCCAUCCUGCUCAUCGUGCUCAUCAUCGUAGACGUCUACUGCUACAUGACGAACCAGUGCGGCGUGCUGUGGGGAAUCUGCGUCAACCUGUGCGGAAAGGAAGCCACCUCGGCCAAAGUGAAGGAGGUGCAGAUGGAGGAGGGGAGAACUGGCGAGGCUGACGCGAAACCCAAACCGACGGUGACCGUGGAGGAACCGCAGGACGACAACGUUAAGGACCCCGAACCCGACGUGGAACCGAAGGAGGAAGACACCGUGGAGACACCCGCUGAGGAGCUGGAACCGGAGGACAAAGAGGAAGCCCCUGAGGAGAUUAAGAUGGAGGAGAAAGAGCCCGAGGAUAAGGAUAGGGCGACAGAGGAAACACCGAUGAUACAGCAAGAGUCGGAUGGCGACGGUAUAGAAACGCCCACAAAGGAAUCCAGGGAUGAGGAAGAUCAUAGCAAACCACGAGAAACGCAGGCAUAACCAUGACAUCAACAGCAACGUGUUCGGAACGACAACCGAGCUUUGUUGCCUAGCAAAGUGGCGUACGCGGAGAGCCAUCCUGGUUCCUAAUGCCACUGCAGUCAAACUCUGCUCAAGGAUCAACAGAUGGGGCACUGUGGACUGACGUGCCACCGGACGGAAAAUCAAAAAAAAAACUCAAGUGGAAAAAUUUCGGACUGAAUUGCAACGUGCGGGUGUGUGUGUGUGUAUAUAGCGAGACGUGGACCUCAGGCACAGUGCGCUCUCUGGUGUUCUCGUAAAGGGUUGAAAACCUUUGAUUGCGCGUGGCCUGAUAUGAGAGGUUAUGCUGAAACUGCAAGUCUAGCUGUAAUCUUUUUUUUAAUGAUUUGUAUAUUGAGACAUGAUUUGGUGAGGAGGAGGGGUUUCUGCGUUUAGAGUUCGCGCGUUUCGUACGCCUGCUUAGGUAAUAUCGCCACGAUAAUUUCACAUAUUCGCCUAGAGAUGUCAGCACUGUAGUGGCCAGCUUCCAAUCGAUGUUAGGCACACGUAUUUUUCCCGGCAGUCGGGUUGUCAGUAAAACGCCUUACCGUUUUGCGACGGAUGUCAAACCGCGUGUUCGCAGAAUUAAAUGUUUGACAGUGUCGGCUAGCGGUGACAAUAAUACUGCACUCUUGUCGCCGUGGUAUUUUAAACGCGCACCAGGUGGCGCACUGUGUAGAUUUUUUUGCGCACGCUCGCCACCUGGCGGUAAUCGGCCGUGAGCGGCGUCGCCGAUCUCUGUUCGCAUGUUGUUUUUUUUAGCUUAGCACGCGCACCGAGUUAUUUUACAGCGUAGAUUUUAGCGGCCGCUCCUUACGCUGCCUCUUGCACCUGGGUAACUUUUUAUUAUGAUCGUAGUCGUGCCCGCAGUGAUGAACGGCGAUAGGUCGCUCGUUCGUUUCGCAAGCACGGUAGCAUAAUAUACAGAAUACGUGUAUAUGUAAGAUAUUGAUUGUCGCGAGGGAUGUUGCAGCUCCUUUUGAUUAAGCGAGGGAUGUUGCAGCUCCUUUUGAUUAAGCGAGGGAUGUUGCAGCUCCUUUUGAUUAAGCGAGGGAGGUUGCAGCUCCUCUUGAUUAAGCGAGGGAGGUUGCAGCUUCUCUUGAUUAAGCGAGGGAUGUUGCAGCUCCUCUUGAUUAAGCGAGGGAUGUUGCAGCUCCUCUUGAUUAAGCGAGGGGGUAACCACCGCGGUAGGAAUAUUUGUUGACUGCAUGUUAGCGUCUGGCGUGUCCGCCCGCCAGUCGUAGCCGCGUCUUUUUGCAGUAACUCUCUUCCUCUGCCUCUUCUUUCUUUCCCUCCCCUCCUCCUCCUUCUCGCUCUCUCCUCCUCCUUCCUCUCUCCUGCUCCCUCUCUCCUCCUCUUCCUCUGCCUCUUCCUGCCCGCAGCUGCUUGUGCGACGUGGUGGGCUGCGUGCAUUCUCUUAGCCAUCAUCAGCUAUGAAGAAUGCGCGUAGCUGGUGCUGCAGUCGUGGUUGUCAUAUAGACGGCCGGCUUCCCGCUAUCUGUCUGUGUCUGUCUAUCUGUCUGUCUGCGUGUCUAUCUAUCUGUCUAUCUGGCUAUCGGCCACUGAUUACACGUCACCGAUUACGUCAUCAGCUAAUCUAACGUCUGGCGGGUGGCGUA